AUGGCAGGCUUGACUGAUAACCUGGCAUACGUGCCUCAACCUGUCCAGCUUCUACUCGCUGGCAUUGGCGCUCUCUUCCUCACCUCCAAGGCCCUAAGCUAUGUCAAGUUCCUACUUGGAGUCUUUCUGCUCAGUGGAACUAGUCUUCGCAAGUAUGGCAAGCCUGGCACCUGGGCCGUCGUGACCGGUGCAUCCGACGGUCUUGGCAAGGAGUUUGCCUACCAGCUCGCCAGCAAGGGAUUCAACCUUAUCCUCGUCUCCCGAACACAAUCGAAGCUUGAGACCCUCGCCCACGAGCUCGAGGCGAAGUUCUCGGGCAAGAUCCAGGUCAAGGUGCUGGCCAUGGACUUCUCCCGCGACGAUGACGCCGACUAUGACAGACUCGCACAACUCGUCAACGGCCUCGACGUGGGCAUUCUCAUCAACAAUGUCGGCCAGAGCCACAGCAUCCCAGUUCCCUUCCUCGAGACAGCCCGCAGCGAGCUCCAGAGCAUCGUCGCCAUCAACUGCCUCGGCACAUUGAAGACUACGCAGGUCAUCGCCCCCAUCAUGCAGCAGCGCAAGCGUGGUCUCAUCCUCACCAUGGGCUCCUUCGCAGGCUGGAUGCCCACCCCAUACCUAGCUACUUACUCCGGCAGCAAGGCCUUCCUCCAGCACUGGAGCAGCUCUCUGGCUGCCGAGCUCAAGCCCCAGGGCGUCGACGUCGAGCUCGUUCUCAGCUACCUCAUCACCACCGCCAUGAGCAAGGUUCGCCGCUCGAGCGCUAUGAUUCCCAAGCCCAAGGACUUUGUCCGCGCGACACUGAGCAAAAUUGGCUCCGGCAGCUACCAGAACUUUGCCUACACCUAUACACCGUGGUGGUCGCAUGCACUGAUGCUCUGGGUUGUUGAGAGCACUAUUGGCGCCGCCCAUAGCUUGUCCAUCUGGUACAAUCUCAAGAUGCACGCCGACAUCCGCAACCGUGCCCUCAGAAAGGCCGCUCGCGAGGCAAAGAAGCAGUAG